AUGUCUGUCUCAGCACUUCCUACGGAGAUUUUGUGUGAUAUUUGCCGCUAUCUGGAGCUACGUGACUGGAUUGCGUUUCGAACCACAUGCGUUACGGUAUACACAAGGUCGCUGGAUGCUUUUGCGAACCGAUAUUGCAAGAGUAUCGGCUUGAUUCUCACCAGUCACAGUCUCCAUCGAUUGGAACAGCUCGCUGCAAACGAUAGCCUCAGAGCACGAGUUCAAGAGCUAUGGGUUGUACCAUCCUUGUUUGGGGGCUUUUAUGAGAUGGAUGUUGAUUGCUUCAAGUCCUGCGUCACUUCACAUAGAGACAGGCCGCCUAAGACUGUUGCCCAGAUCAAUACUCGACAUGCUGCAUAUCAGGCUUCAGUGGCAGAUCAUCUAAGCAUCCUCGAAUCCGGUACUCUUAACAACGUCCUCAAAGAAUGUAUGGCACGUUUUGAGAGCCUCACUGCCAUUAGAAUGCAACAUAACGACUCCGACUACUUCUGGAAUUCAAAUUCAAAAGAUGAGUUCCGCUGCCUCGGUUUGCGUGGGGUAAAACGCCAGCUUGGAUUCAACCCUCUCGGGUUGAACCUCAGAAAACCCAUACACAACCUCUGGAAAAGUAGAGCGAAGGACCACGCUAUGGCCUUUUCAGCUCUGCUAGAGGCAGCAGUUGCAUCGAAGAGGAAACUCAAGAAGUUAGACAUAUGCAACGAUGAACAUUGUGCUCUGCCCCCUUCGGAUAUUACACUCCAACUCACACACGAAUCCCUGCUUUUCUCCCUGGAAGGCUUAGAACACUUGCACCUCUGUAUCUGCGUCUGGGAAAGACAGUCUGAUGAUACUUCACUCAGAUAUCUCAUCGAGAUUCCUAUAAUAGUUGCAUCAAGUCUCAAGGUCUUAACAUUCUCACUGUGGGACCGGAAUGGUGUAAUAAGCCCUCACUAUUUUAUCGACCUCUCCCAGCGUAUCAACUUCACCCAGCUAGUGGAACUUGAUCUUUAUUGGAUUGAAGUCACCUAUGAUACCCUGAAAGCAUUUUUGCGCACCGCAAUACCGACUCUGAGAACCCUUGCCCUAGAGUCCUUGAAUUUGAGGGGUGCAGCCCCGAAGGACACCGACAGUGGUCAUAAUCUAUCAAAAUGGGACUCUCCAGAGAUGAUCGAAGAAAGCAGUGCUGCUUGGCGACAGGUUUGGAAUUUCCUCGGAGAUGAGUCCUCGCUACGGUUUCUUUCCUUGCAAGAGCUCGGUUAUCGAGGCCAUCGUCUGCACUUGCGCGAUAAUUUGAGUAAUCAAAGUGGAUCUUCUGAACCGAAUGGCCCGGUAAUUGCUAUCUUCAACGCUGAGCGAGCUGGUGUUUCCUUCAAGGAAUGGGUCACUCAGCUACAGACAGGGCCACCCCGGGGACCACGAAUGCGUUAUGAUAGCAUGCCAGGGAAGGAUUAUACCGCACAGAUAGAUUGA